AUGCGGUUCCAGCCCCAGCGCGAGGCGUACUCCGUCGCUCAACGUUCCCGAUCUGUUGCACCACACUUGUCGAUCAAAGUGUAUGAAUUGCUGAAGAAACUUUUGGAAACCCGACUCAUCGAACAUCCCGAAUCAUCAUGGGCAUCACUCAUUGUGAUUGUCCUCACGAAGAAUGGUGUGGAUAUCCGAAUGUGUGUUGACUACCGAGUUGUCAAUAUUUUCAAUACGUUGUCCAAUUACCCUCUACCGUUGAUAGAUAAUCUGCUGGUUGACUUUGAGGAUGUCAUGAGGUUUAUGAGUUUGGAUAUGGCGAAUGGCUUUUGGGUGGUCAAGAUAUCUGAACGAGCAAAGCUGAUAUCGACGUUAGUCUGUCCAUUUGGACACUUCCAAUGGGCCUGCAUGCCAUUCGGACUCAAUAAUGCGCCGUUGAUAUACCAGUCGGUUACCAACAAUUGUCUGUGGGGAUUUGUGAGACUGCCUCCGGAAGAAGAAGCAGAAGUCGAUCAAGACGUCUUAGACUUUCUGGGUCUGGACCCAACAGAUAACCAAGAAUCUUAA